CGGAUCAGGGCUUGUAAUGGCCUAAUGGGCUCCAACCCAUUGAUUUGCUCUAAUUGCCAAUAACCUCUCUUUCUCUGUUCGUUCUCCGUUGAAGCGCACUUGACAUUCUCCAUUACUUGUAUACCCCAUUGAAGCAGCUGCUAAGCUGCAGGAAAUUUAGUGAUUGGUUUCGUGUAAUCGGUGUUAAUCGAUUGAAAUACGAUGAAUUUCGCUGCAUCAUUUUGCAAAAGAGUUAGUCUCAGAGAAUUGGUCACAAAUGUUCCUGCUUAUGCAGGUGCAGCUGAUGCAUCUGGAACAGGCUUGGCUUUAGUGUUUAGGAGGUGGGCUACUAAGAAGACGGCUGGAUCAUCCAAAAAUGGAAGAGAUUCCAAGCCUAAAAACCUUGGAGUGAAGAAAUUUGGAGGCGAGAGAGUUAUACCUGGUAACAUCAUUGUUCGGCAGAGAGGAACCCGUUUCCAUCCUGGAAAUUAUGUUGGCAUUGGCAAGGAUCACACCCUAUAUGCCCUGAAGGAAGGAAAUAUUAAGUUCGAGACACAUAAGCUGAGUGGUCGCAAGUGGGUGCACAUUGAGCCCAAGGAUGGACACGUGCUUCAUCCUGUUUAUGGAGACAUUCAGAGUCCUCAAUUGGAGACUGCAGUUUAAAGCCUUAGAAUGCUGAGUUCAACAUUGAAGAUGGAACACAGAACGGGAGUGACAAACUUUCUCAUGUCAACUGGAAUCAAUUGAAGAAAUCAUACUUUAAUUUAUUGGCAUCAAUGUGAAAUUCUUAGACAAAUUUGGUUUUGACAAAUCUUGAACAAAAAUCCCAGAGAUCGAAAUUGAGUUAGUGUGAUUAAUCCAUACCAUGUUUAUUACGGAAUACUAAUAGUA